AUGGCACACCCUACAUUGAGUGCUGUAGAUUAUGUUCUUCUUGUUAUACUUCUUCUAUCAUCAGCUGUUAUUGGUGCUAUAUUUGGAUUUUUCAAAUCAAAGAAAAGUUCAGCAAAGGAAUUUCUUCUAGCUGAUGGUGGUAUGGGGGUGGUUCCGACAGCUCUUAGUAUUAUGGUUUCGUUUCUAUCAGCAAUUACUCUAUUAGGAACACCGAGUGAAAUUUAUAUGUUUGGAACAAUGUAUUGUUAUCAAGCUAUUUCAUGGACAAUUGCAUCGACAGUAACAGCUUUAGUGUUCAUGCCAAAAUUUCGUGAAAUGAAUUGUACAAGUGCUUAUGAAUAUUUAGAAAAACGUUUCGAUCGUUCUGUACGCAUGUGUGCAUCAUUUACUUUUUCAUUUUUUAUGUUAAUCUAUAUGGCAAUUGUUUUAUAUGCUCCUGCAUUAGCACUUAGUCAAACUACUGGUUUAAAUAUUUGGCUUUCUGUUGUUUCAAUCGGUGUAAUUUGUACAUUUUAUUCGUCGGUGGGUGGUAUGAAAGCAGUUAUUUGGACGGAUGUUUUACAAGCAGUUGUCAUUCUUGUUGGCCUUCUCGCUACGAUUAUAAAAGGUUUAAUUGUAAUGGGUGGUUUUGAACCUACAUUUUCCAUAGCAUCGAAAGGCGGACGAAUUCAAUUUGAUAGUGUAAGUUUCGAUCCUCGAGUUCGUCAUACAGUAUGGUCAUUACUUAUCGGUGGUACAUUUAAUUCUUUGGCAACAUAUGGUUUUAAUCAAACACAAGUACAACGUUAUAUGUGUGUUCGUUCAACUCGUGCUGCUAAACAAGCAUUAUUUAUAAAUGCAAUUGGUGCUGCUAUUGUUAUUCUUCUAAGUGGUUUUAUUGGAGUUAUUCUUUAUGCAUAUUAUGCUGAUUGUGAUCCAUAUACAGCUAAAUAUGUUACAGAUAUUGAUCAAGUCUUUCCUUAUUUUGUUAUGGAACGAUUAAGUGAAAAUCCAGGUUUACCAGGUAUUUUUUUAGCUUGUAUUUUUUCUGGUUCAUUAUCAACAAUAUCAUCGGGUUUAAACGCUCUUGCAGCUGUUAUUAUUGAAGAUGUUUAUAAGGGUUUAAUGCGAAAGAAAAUAAGUGAUGAACGACAAGGUCUUGUAUCAAAACUCUUUUCAAUUGUAUUAGGAGUUGUUGUUGUAUUAUUAACUUAUGUUGUUAGUUUUCUUGGAUCAGUACUAAAUGCUGCAUUAUCUUUAUUUGGUGUUUUAUCUGGACCAAUAAUGGGUGUAUUUUUUCUUGGUUUCUUUUUUCCACAAGCGAAUCGUCAUGGAGGUCGUAUUGGUUUUCUAGCAAGUCUUUGUUUACAAUUAUGGAUAUUUUUGGGUGCACAAAUAACAAAAAAACAAAUGAAAAGUGAAAGUUUACCAUUCAGUAUUAGUAAUUGCUCUUCUUAUAUAAAUCAAACAAUAACAACAACUAAUUCAUUCAAACGUGAUCCAUUACUUGAUUUUUAUUCUAUUAGUUAUAUGUGGUAUACACCUAUAGCUGUUGGUGCUGUUAUUAUUGUUGGAUUAAUUGUAUCAUAUUUAACACAUCCACUUAAACCUAAUGAAGUUGAUCCGAAAUAUCUUAUAUCAAUAGGUGAUGUUUGUUGUUGUUGUUUACCUAAACCUAUUCGAAAAUGGUUUCGAUUUGGUGUUGAUUAUGAUGAUUAUUAUGAAGAUAAAGAGAAUAAUGAUCGUAAUGAUAUUGAAAUGAAAUCUAGAGAAAAAAAAUCAAAUACAUCUGGGCCAAAUAGAAUUUCACCAGCCCCAUCAAUGCCACACAAUUACGAUAAUCAAACACUCACCACACUUGAUCUCAAUCGCGAUAACAUCGGAGAUGCUGGAGCACAAUACUUGGCUAAAGGAUUACGACAGAACAGGACACUCACCACACUAAAUCUUUACAACAAUUCAAUCGGAGAUGUUGGAGCACAACAUUUGGCUGAUGUAAUACAACACAAUACGGCACUCACAUCAAUAGACCUCGGAUGUAAUAAAAUUGGACAUGUUGGUGCAAAACAUUUGGCUGAUGGAUUACGACGCAACACAGCACUUAUAACGCUAGAGCUCGGAAUUAAUGGAAUCACACAAGUGGGAGUACAACAUUUGGUUGAAGGAUUAAGAGAAAACACAACGGUCACCAUAUUAGGUCCGGGGAAGAAUCAAAUCAAAGAAGUUGGAGCAAAAUAUUUGGCUGAUGGAUUAAGACACAACCUAGCACUCAGUACACUGUAUCUCUUUGAAAGUGAAAUUGGAGACGUUGGAGCACAACAUUUGGGUGACGCAUUACGACACAACAUAACACUCAUCACAUUAAAUCUCGAAUCUAAUCAAAUCGGAAAUAUUGGAACAAAAUAUUUGGCUGAUGGAUUACGUCAUAAUACAGUGCUCACCGAACUCUAUCUUCCUGGAAAUGAAAUUGGAGAUGUUGGAGCACAACAUUUGGCUAAUGGAUUACGACACAACACAACACUCGUCACAGUAGAUCUCACAAAUAACCGUAUCGGAGAUGUUGGAGCACAACACUUGAUUGAUGCAUUACAGUGAAAAAAAAGGAAAGAGAUUGAACUAAUCAUUAAACGUAAUAUAAUGGUUGAUGAAGCACUUUCUAAUUUUGGUUUAUUUAUUGAUGAUGAAAAUAAAAUUCGUUUAAUCAAUCCAGAACGUGUAACAGAUUCGGCUGAGCUACGUGAUGAAUGCAAAGAUUUCAUUGAUAAUGUAUUGGAAUUCAAAAAAAUUGUCGAUACAUUAAUUGAAAAAACUGAAGACUAUUCAAAACAAGUGGAAGCAGCAAGACUUAGGUCGAUUGGUGCUAAGAACAUGUUAAAAUCGGCUGCUAAAUAUCGAGAAUUUGAAAAACAACAAUUGCAAUCGUUAAUUAAAGAAAAAAUGGUUGAACUUGAACGAUUGAAAUCUACUGGCCACUCUACAUGUUUCAAAGAUUUACCAAUAUACAAAUCAAAUUCUCCAUAUGCUAUACAGAAAAAAGAUAAUCUAAUUUGUAUUGAUCAUGAACAAGAUAUAGAUUAUUCAAAUUAUGAACAAUUAAUAAAUGAAAACGUGAAUUUAGUUAGGCGUUCACGCUCAAUCAAUAUAGAUAAUAGUGUUUCAUCAUCAAUUGGAACACCAUUUACUUUAGAUAAUUAUAAAUUAGGUACUUCAGUAUUCCGAUUCAUACCAGGAAGUAGUACGACAAGUUAUUAUUCACUUCCAAUAAAAAUUUUCAAUAGUCAAACAUGCUCGGGAUUUCAACCCAUAACAUAUUUGAAUAAUUUUGUAUCAACUUGUACUCAGCCAAUAACUCAACCAACAUGUCUCAACGGACUUGAUGCUAUGAAAUAUGGUAAUUUUUGUUUAAUUACGAAUCCAUCGACGCUCAUCAAUACUCCUCCCACUUACAUUUGCUGUAGCGCGAAUUCAAGUGUUACUACAACUUAUGCUUCGCCUGCAUGUACUAAUGCACUUGCAACUUUAGAUAUCAAAAUUUAUUAUUCAAAUCCAACUGGAAUAAUGAAUUGUACUAUUGGUUUGACUACUAUUGCCAGUUCAAGCACCCCAAUAUCGCAAACAACAUCUGUUACUUUUAUUGAAAUUGGAUCAUCAAAUUCAAGCACAACUCGAAGUGGAAAUCCAGGUUAUUUUCAAGGAGCUCCUGUUAUAGCACGUACUUCGAAUGGAUCUAGUUAUACUACAUCAGCUUUGAGUAUUCCUCAGGCAUCAUCAACAGAUGGAACUUGUUCUAGUACAGCUCGUACAACGAUUCGUUUUGGACAAAAUAUCCAAUCAACAUGUCUAUUUGGAUCAAACAGUACUUUAAUCUGUCCGAAUGUUACCGAUCCGACAACUGUAUUUUGGGCCUUCAGUUCUUUUAACAUUUCUAUCGCUGCUCGUGGCAAUUCAGAUCCAUCAAAUCUUUCUGAUAAUUGGCUACCUAUUAUAUUUUGUACAUCUCAAAUUGGAUCUUCCAGUGGAGCUGUAUGCCAAAAUGGUUCUAUGCCAAAUAUAUCUCCAAGUUCAUGUUAUACAAGAUUAGAUAUUCAAAUAGCUUACGCUAAUAUUGGUGCUGUUACUAAUCCACAACCGAUCUUAGGUGCAGUUAUAUUUCAUUAUCAAAGUGUUAAUCUAAAUACUACAACAACAUUACCUGCACCAUUAUUAUUUACUCAUACAAUUACAUUUCAAGAUAUAUCAAAUGCACCUGCUACGGAAGGAGAUCAUAUACCUCGACCUAAUACACGUUUAGUAGGAGAUUUCUUUUAUCCAUUUUCUCUUAGUCAUGGAACUAAUUCUAUUUCAUUCUCAUUAUUUGUUUAUCUUUUAAUUACGUUUCUUAUUUUUCUUAUGUAG